CCUUUUUUGUGAUGAAAAGUACCCUUUUUGUACAAGCUAAUGUCGCUGUAAAUACUAAAUUAACUUUAAAGAUGCCCUUUCGGUUUGGAAAUUUCCAAGUUUUUUAAAACUGAAAAUUUGGUCAAAACAUGCAAUUUCGGUAUGGCAUGACAGGAAAAUCCCGCCCGCCCGUCGCCAACAUUUCCGGGGAAAAUUUUUUAGGUGCCCUAAUUUUCAAUAUCCCAAAGUGCCCCUGGAAGCCGGUGCCCCCCCUCCCCCAAUCUUUUGAUGCUUCCUACGCCCCUGAACUGAACGUAUAUAUAGUUCCAUUUUUUGCAGCUGUUUCUGGUAAUUAAUAAAUUUAUGUAUAUAAAACUUUCACUCGAUAAUUUCAUCUACAUAUUCUGGUACGAGAUAGCGAAAUAACUCGUGAUCACUCCAGAACUGUACAUAAAGAUCAGAGACGAAUAAGACGAUAGAUUGCUGGCGCUGAUUGGCCAGGAUUUAGCUCGCAGUGGUUUCAGCUUUGGUGUCGGCAGCUAGAGUGGCCUAGAGAUUAGAGUAAUAGAGAUACAAUUUUCUGAUGAGAAAGGAUCAGAAUUUGCAAGAACUUUGACAAAGACGGCAGCUGUUGGGACUUGUUCAUAACAAUUUAAUUUCAGUUCCGUAAUAUUCCCUCACAAGCUUCGAAACGAAUGGCGUGUAUAAUUAUAAAGAACACUGUAUGUUUUUGUGUGUUAUUUCUUGCUCUGUUUUCACAAGUAGCGACUGGGAUCACUGGGUGUUUGUAUGGAAACUUUUGUAUUUACCCAGAUAAACCGCAUUGUUGUAAAAAAAACAAUGUUUGUCGGUCCAAUUGCAUUGAUGAACCUUGUACCUCCUUUAGCCAAUGUGCACCAGGUGAAUAUUGUUGUAAUGGAACAUGUACCUUAAGUACCUUAAAUUGUCCCUCUUGUUCCUAUGGUAGUGACUGCCCAUCAGGUAAAUAUUGUUGUGAUCUUGGUCAAGGUCCUGUUGGCAAAUGUGCUCGAUCUUGUAUUGGAAAAUCGUGUAAAGAUUAUUCUGAUUGCGGAUAUCGAUCUGGGGCAAUUUGUUGUGAUCUUAGUCAAGGUCGAGGUAUUUGUGCUAGAUCUUGUGUUGGAAGAUCAUGUCAAAGGAAUGAUGACUGUGGAUCAGGUGAAUAUUGUUGUGGUUCAAUUUAUAAUAGAACCUGUUCCUUGCUCAGUUGUAUUGAAGAAUUUUGUACCUCUAAUAGCGGCUGCAGAUCGGGUGAAUAUUGUUGUGAUCGUGGUGAAGGUCAUAUAUUUGGUAGAUGUGCUAGAUCGUGUAUUGGAAAAUCAUGUAAAGAUUAUUACACCUGCGGAUCAGGUGAAUAUUGUUGUGGUUCAAUUAAUAAAACAUGUGCCUUAAAUUGUAUUGGAGAAAUGUGUUUCUAUAAUGGCAACUGUAAUCCGGAUGGGCAUUGUUGUGAUCGUGGCCAAAGUCUUACUGGCAAAUGUGCUAGAUCUUGUAUUGGAAAAUCAUGUAAAGAUGAUCAGCAAUGCGGAACAGAUGAACAUUGUUGUCGUUCUACUGAAACAUGUGCCUUCAAUUGUCUUGGAGAAUUUUGUUCCGGGGAUAAUGACUGCGCAUCUGGUGAAUCUUGUUGUGAUAGUCGUGGUAAAUGUGCGAGAUCUUGUAUUGGGCAUUUAUGUAAAAGGAAUAGUGACUGUGCAUCAGGUGAAUCCUGUUGUGGUCUCCAGCAAGGUAUUAAUGGUACUUGUGCUGCUUCUUGUAUUGGAGAAUCAUGUGAGGAGGAUCAACAUUGUGCACUGGGUCUAUUUUGUUGUCGUUCUAAUUACAAGAAAUGUUUCAAGACUUGUACCGGUGAAUCGUGUAACUCAGAUAACGAUUGUUCUGCUGGUCAAUGUUGUGACCAUGAUAAGAAAUGUAAAACAGGAGAUUGCAACACAGAGAGUGGCCGUGUCUGGCAUCUUGUAGUCGGCAUAGUUACUCCUUUGAUAAUUGUCGUCUUUCUGUUAGUGUUUUGCUAUUGUCGUAAGAUCAAAGCGACAACCUCAAGAAGUCUUGCUGACGAAGGAGAAAUACAGUCUGCAACCAUAGCAACUACACUCCUUGAAAACCAACAACAACAAGAACUACAAAUGUAUUCCCAAUCCCCACCACCAUACCCCAAUGAAUUACCACCACCAUACCCCAAUCAACCCCCACACCCCAACCAACCCCCACCAAGCCCCAAUCAACCCCUACUGUACCCCAAUGAUCCUCCGCCUCCAUACAAUGUAACUAUGGUGCACACAUAGAUAUAGAACACCUAGAAUUUUCCUCUUAGUAUGAUGUCAACUACAGUACAAUCAGCAACAUGAUAAGGUGGGACACUUAGAUUGGAAGGUUAUUUUUUACACAAUUGUCAAAAUAACAUGUAUUGAUGGCUGUAUC